CCCUACUGUAUAUAAGAUGCCAUGCGAGCCGGUCCAUGUCGAUCACCCGCCACCAACUCUCAUUUCUUCAUCUGAGGGCUUGAAAAGACACUCAUUCGAAGUCGCUCAAAAUGCGUUUCCCUACUACCAUUCUGGCACUUGCUGCCAUCGCGUCCGCCGUCGCGGUGGCCGCCCCCGUUGCUGAGGCCGAGGCAGGCUGGAACUCUGGAUUCAAGCGUCUCCCAGGUCAGCCCAUCGGCAAACGCGACGCCGAAGCCGAGGCUGAGCCUUGGGGCUCUGGCUUCAAGCGCCUUCCUGGACAACCGAUCGGCAAACGCGAAGCUGAAGCAUGGGGAUCCGGAUUCAGGCGGCUUCCAGGACAACCCAUUGGAAAGCGCGAGGCCGAGGCCGAACCCGAGGCUGAAGCUUGGGGCUCUGGCUUCAAGCGUCUCCCUGGACAACCCAUUGGCAAGCGUGAGGCCGAAGCUUGGGGAUCCGGAUUCAAGCGUCUCCCAGGUCAGCCCAUCGGCAAGCGUGACGAGUACGACGAGUAAACUGGUCCCGGAAGACCACAACCCUGGGGGAGCACAACACUUGCCCAGUACCAAUUUUCUGUAACAUACACCAACAUGUU